GGAGAGGCGCCGAGAGAUAUUACCCGAUAUAGUGAUCGACGACCGACAUCUGUGCGCCGUUGAGCAGCAAGAGAACUUCGUCGUCGCAAACGGCGGUGUCAGCGCCGAUUCAGUCAACUAUCGCUCAACACAGAGUUCGAAACCCCAUCCGGCCAAGUUCCUUACGUUACAUCUUUCUGCAUCCCCACCACCUGUACUCUUUACUUUUUGCCCGCCGCCCCUGGAGACCGUCCUCCCUUGAGGAGACCAAUAGGCCCAGAUGGACGAGCUCAUCCACCAUUGCAUUCAUGAACUUUCUUUUGACGGUGAUCUUGGUUGCAACGUUUCUCGACUUCGUGACUUCAUUCUCGAUUUCUAUGCCCGCUCUGAGCAGGCACAGGUUGUUGAUGAUGCAUUAUGCGCAUUCGUGUGGUCCGUCGUAGUGCAGCAACCUAAUGUUCGUGUUGGAAUUGUCCCGCCGGAUGUGGACUGGGAGGUGUAUAUUGCCCCGCAACCAAGUACCAAGCGUAAAGGCAAGGGUCAGACCGAAGGAGAAGAGGAUGGACAACCAGUCUCUCUCCAAGUUAUCCCAGAUGCUGCAAUCAAACCACUCGAAGAGUUAGUGCGGCAAUACGGCAAUACGCUAAGAAUUGCUGUCGACCCGGAGACUUCUUUCGUGGCAAUUUCUGGCUCUCAUGCUCGUCCUGCAAAGCUAACCGGCAUGGUCUACACUGCAUUGCAGUUAAUUGCCCGUGGACGGGAGCAUGGCUUGAGUGUCGUUGAUCUCAGUAAGAAGACUGGAUAUGACGCCAAGACCUGUCACUACCUUGUUGACAAGUUACUCGAGUUGAACCUCAUCGUAAAGCGUAAAAAGUCCGGUGUUGGUGGUAACUUGUGCAUCCACAAGUAUUUCUUUGAACGGAGCGCCGCCUGGCAAAUGGUCUUGGCCGAAGAGGCCGAAGCACAAGCGAUAGAAAUGCUGAAGAUGGAACUAGACGAGGAGCCAAAUGUGGAAGAGGAUGCGGAAGGGCAAGUUGGAAUCAGAACCGAUCUCAACUUUGGGCCUAUCGACUUGAAACAUCUCUCGAGUCUCCCCUUGGUACGCGCCCGUGUUGUGAAGCUGCUCAAGAAUUCGCCCUCCUACAUGCAUGCAACACAUAAUCUACUUGUGACGCUGGGCUUCCCACAUCCUUCGAAAACCGAUCGACGAUUCUUCGCGUCACGUUUGCGCGAGCUUAUGGCCGAGGGUCUCAUUGAAAAGGUCCAAGUGCCUCACCCAAAGCGUAAAAAUGCAAUUGUAACCUGUGUUCGCCUUCUCUCGCCCCCUGAGGUCCCGAGCGAAUCGCCGGUGGAGGCUGAGGACGAAGAUGAGGGUUUGGACUCCAAGGGCCUGAAGGCGAAUCUCACUAUCCAUAAGCAAAUCAUCGACCUUGUUCACAAUUCAGGUACUGUUGGAAUCACGCUCAACGAGCUAUCGAGUGGUUUGUGCAACUUCGAUAAACGCAUCAUAGAGCUGCUCUUGUCACGCUUGGAAAGGUCGCCUCCUCCUGCCCAUCUUAGUGACCUUGCGAUUACGCAGACCCAAGAGACGUAUGGCCGUGAACGACGCUUUAGAUAUUUCACAUUGGUCAACUAUAAGAUAGUUGCCCAGAAGGAGACCUUGCAAGCUGAUUAUGAUGACAUUGAUAUGUCUCAAGCUGGAGCUUUCCUUCCGAUCGACGCGGAAUGGUUCUACGGAGAAGAAGCGGAUCUCAAUAAGUUUGUUGACGACUUCAAGCUGUCGGAAGAGGGCAAGGAUAAAGCGAAGGGUAAAGCUAAAGCGACUUCAAAGGCUAAACCCUCACCGAAGUCGAAGGAACCGAAGCCUAAACCUCCUCCCAAACCUAAAACCCCCAAGGUCUAUAAGAAUCCUAUCCUUCCAGAUGGGACUGUCAAAAGGGGAAGGCCACGGAAGGAGUGGGCAAGCCAGCGAGUACAGAAGCGGAAACGAGAUGAGGCGAAUGAAGUGGAAGGCGAUGGUGAUGGUGAAAUGGCCAUCACCUCUCUUUGUAGUGCCGCAGCCGAACCUCCAACGAAGAAACGGAGGGGCCGUCCAUCUAAGAAGCAGCCUCAAGAAGUGUCUCCCGCGCCUGGCCCAUCUGGACACUCAACGCAGCAAGGAAAGCAAACUGACGAACGGAUUGUUCAAAGUGAUACCAUGCACGACAUUGUUUUGACUACGGAUGACAAUGCGCUUCAGUCUGAAGAACAAGUAACAGUGCCCUUUGCUGGAUCAUCUCUCUCUGUAACCCCCGACGCCCAAACCUUCCUUGAGGCUGCUCCUAACGAGUCGGUUAUGGGUAUGACGAGUUUGCCCUCAACCGUCAUUGAGGAGGGCCUUUCCGACAUAGCCUCCUCUGUUCCUCUCGCGACGUCUCUCGAACAUGUUCAUACUACCUCUACGAGUUCGGCUCCUGGUCAAUAUCAAGACAGCCUCUCCGAGUUUCAAGUCACGCAGGAUGUCGCUAUGCAGAUCAUCCAGUCUUUCUCAGCCGCGUCAAUGCCCGAGGGGGAAGCGGUUGAAACCACUCAAGAUGACGUCACUAUCGACUACGCAUUGCCUCAGGGAAUUCCGGAGGGACUCGCUAUUAUGAACGAGAGUAUGACCCAACCAUUGAGUUCUUCUGCGUUAUCCGAACCUUCAACAAACAUCGACGUAGACCUAUCCAGCUCCCCUCAUGCUGAAGGAGAGUCAAGCAAACGACCAGUCAGAGAGUCCAUAUCAUCCAUGCGACCUGCAAAGCGUGCAAAGAUUCGAGACGGGGCUCGUAGCAAAGCUAACCCCAACGUUACUCAAGUGCGCCGCGAAAAGGAAGUCAUGCGAAUCAUCGAAGAAUCCGGUGGCAUUGUUAAUACUAGCUCCAAAGAAUUCCUUGAAGCUCAUUCUGCAUUGGUCGAUAUGUUGACCAAAGAGGGGGAGCCUGUGAGCGUGAUCGCAGGUUCACGCAUGGACAAGCGUACAGUGGACGCAACUUUGAAGAACUUAGAGGACCGUGGCAAGAUCAAGAUGGUCUCAACGAUUGUCUCAAAUGGCGCAGGACUCAGCCGAUCUGUUCGAGUUGCGUAUCUACCCGAAACAUCUGCUGAUGCAUUGCAGGCAUUUCUUGACAACAUCAGACGCAACCUACGCGCCUUUCUGCCCGCAGCUCCCGUAAAGACUUUGGAUGAGCCAGUCAUCUACGGCGGUCUUAAAUCAAAAACACCAGUUCCUCCCGCGUCGACUGGUCCCGUACUCGAUUCCAAAAAGAACCCCGAGGUAGCCGAAAAAAUAUUCCAAGGCGAUGACGAGUCCAUUCGUAAGAUCCUUUUGACCGAGAAGAAUACUCUUGCUCAGCUUUAUGGCGGGAUUCUUGGCAGGACAGCCAGAGCCAGAGAGUUGCACUUGAUGACCAUGGAUUUCUUCGAAAAUGUUGGACAGUCUUCCAGCGUUGUUUCGACGGAACAGCGUAUUAUCCAUGUGUCACACUAUUUUUCCGAAAUACCUGUGUCGGCGUACUGCGCUAUUGUGGCUUGUCUAAUCCCGAACGACGAGCUAUUGCAACUUCUCAAUAGUCCCGACGGUCGGAAGACCCCUGUUGGAUCGCUCCCAUCUUCCAUACAGAAUACAUUGCAACCGUCGAAGUCGAGAUCUCAAGCUCGCAUCCAGGAUUUGCUUGGAAUUUUGCAGGUUCUCCAACUUGCAACCCCCUUACAACCUGCUUACACCGAAACACCGGCCAUUCGAGUCCCAGCCAGUGGCCAACAUCCAACAGCUUUCGAACCCAUUUCCGCCAAUGUACCUACUCCGCAAUAUUGGCAGUUCAACACCUCAGCUCCCCUAUAUCUGUGGGCCUUGUCAGAGCGUUCACCACCCUUUUGGAAGGAAGUCCCUGUCACUUCAACGUCUGAAGCAGUGGAAUUCUGGAAAAAUCUUGAGCGUGUUUGUAUCGACGAGCCUUUUGCAUCGAGCCUCAGCGACCUUCCUCAAGACAUGUCUAAUCAUGCAGCUGGUGUUCCUGAUACCAUCGCCCGCAGCCUGCGUCGUUCCAGAGACUGGAGCACCGAUUACAGUUUAUCUUGGUACCAGACCGAAUAUCUUCGUCUCUUUGUGGAUAAAGCGACUGGCAAUACUCCUUUGCAAGAUGAGGAUGGUGGGCAAGCGAGGUUGGAAAAGAUCAUUUGGGUCGUGAGCGCAUCCGAAACAGCUGUCAGACAAUUCUACGCUCGGGAAUAUGAAAGAUAUUUCCGUGAGAAGGACAAGAUGAAAAAGAAAAAGAAACGCUCAGCGGAAGAGCGAGCCAAACGUAAGGCAGAAGACAAAGCAGCGCUUGCGAGGAGAGCGGCUGAAGCCAAACAACAACGAGAGCGAGAUUGGGAUGAACUUGUCCUUCGAGUACAUCCGGAGCCUCUGAAAGGCUCGGCUGCCCUAAGAGUACGCCGCGUGCGUGCGCACUUCCUCCAAGGACCUGGAGUUGAUGUGGACAAAUGGGAGUCCGAAGUAAGGAAGGCGAUCGAGGAGGCGGAAGUCACUGCAAAGACUAUCAUAUCGUCUUCGAAGCCGUCUCUCGGAGCCCCACUUCCUGCCCCUGCUCCCCCGCCGGUUGUGAGCACCGCGCCGCCAGGGCUGUCUGUUGACGAGCUGAUCGAAUUGCUGCGUUCUGCCCCUGCUCGCCCGGAGAAGGAGAAAAAGAAAAAGCCAAAGAAAGGAGAGAAACGACCAUUGGAUGAGCCCAAGGAACGCAGAUAUCGUUUCCAAUGGAACGCAGAAUUUGACGAACUUGCACGAGACGCGUCUGUAAUUAUCCGAUCCCGGUGUCGAGAUCAACGCCUUGACUGGUCUGCGCUUGCUCAAAUAUUUGAGCCAACCAUUCCAAGGAAUUCUGUGAGACAGCGGAUUGUCAAACUGAGAGAACUGCCUGGAGCAGAAACAUACUUUAAGAGACUCGAGGACAAAUGGCACGAUCUUUGGGUUCGCAAUCGUGGUACUGAUGUGCUACCCGAUGACGAUCCCGCCAGCCCCUCUAACUUCGAUUUGAUAACACACAUCAAAUUCCUCCGAAGUCACAUAGACAAGAAUGCACUUCGUGUAGGAUUUGUCGAGAUUGAUGAUACCGUCAACAUGUCGUUGCCAAGCAGCGUGGAGGAGCUCGAGAAGACCCUGGAUGUCGUUGAACAGGAAGUUGCAGCACCAGCGUUCGAUUUUGUUUGGACCGAUCCAGCAGAUGACUCCAGGGAAAGGCGGCUCAUGCGCACGGCCUUCCUUACAAAAGGCAACGAAGUACCAUUGCAGCAAAGUUACCCAGAUGACAGUGUUUACAUUGCGGACACUACUUUGAAGAUGGUCUUGAGUACGUCGAAGGAGGCUUAUGAUCCCGAAGCCGCCGCGGCCUUACUGAAGAGCAUUGGUGAAGAGUCAGUCAAGACGGCUACACGCCUUAUGCUGAGUCGUAAUGUCUUGUCCAAGAUGGUGCGAGACAUCAGCAAGCCUAGACCUGGCAGGACCCUGAAAAUAUCAGACUCCAACAUGUACUCUCUGGGAGGAUUGUUCCAGUUGGAUGUGUUCCAAGAUGCUAUUGCUCAAGAAGACGAAUUGUUAGCUGAGCCGGAGGAUGGAAACGAAUGGCGUGAAUGGUCUCUGCUCGCAACGGAUGGUGAUGCUGCAGCUUUGAUCGAGCUAGCAUCUGAGGGCAAGCUUGAUUUUCAGGUUGACACAUCUCAUGCGCAGAGCACUCGGGCUGCAAUUGACUGGAAUAGUAAGAAAGCAGACGAUGAUGACAUUGAGACUGCCAUACACAUCCGUUUUGUCAAUGAUGCUCAGCAGAUGUCCACUACACCUUCCGAAGUCGGGCCUAUGGUUGUCGAGCCAACUCAGGUUUCAGCUGAAGAUACCACCCAUGAACAUAACGACACUACGCACGGUACCACCACUAGUGGCGCGCAAGCUUGCUGUAAGAAGAACGGCACUUUACUUGUCGAUUGUGCACCUUGUCUCGCUGAGGAAGCCGACAAAGUCUUGCACUCUCUGGACCAGUCUGAAGCGGAAAUAGCAAAGCACAUCCUGAAUGCUCUCCACGAGGCUUCCGCGAAAGGUAUAACAAAGGUUGAACUCAGGGCAGCUGCGCCCUGGUCGUCGCCGACGGCGAUCGCAGCGGCGAUCGAUCAUCUUACGAACGCAACGAUCCCACUGGCGUUCUGGUCUGGUUAUACCAAAAUCGUCUUAGUUUCUUCCGAGUUUCUCAAGGCUUGGACAGCACCCGUCCUUCUGUCCGAAGGUGCUUUGACUCAGGUAUUCCCACGUCGGUGGUUGGACAUCAAUGGUCGAGAGCUGGCAGAUGUUCUAGAAUCUGCUCACAGGGCUGUAAUGGGCGUUAUUCUCUUCAAGCCUGGGAUCACUGAGGUUGUUGACAGACGGAGAUUCGUUGGCAGUUGAGAUCAGUAUACGACAGACAAGAGAUCAAUGAUGUCCUGUGUUACCUUUUGGCAGAGGGAUAUAUUAAGAAGCAUGUGUAUAAAGAUAGCAUAUUGCUGGCUACUGGGCCUCUGGAUGAUGCAGAAGAGACCGGAGUUUUUUGGACAGUAGGGGAUAGGAAACACUGGUAUACGGUACAGUAAUUUGGAUCAAUUCUUCUCUCAUGGUGAUUGUACAUUAUACGGAUUCGCUUUGUAUGAACCAACAAUUGUAUCGCAGUAGCUCUAGAACGUGUAUUCUAGUACCGAACUGUAAUGGCAAAGGCCUUGUCCGUCAAAAUCGCCAUCAAGAGGUCUGGGCUGAGUGAUAACACAGACCGAAUUCC